AUGAUUCUCGCAGUAAAUACAACAAAGAACAACAAAAAUAAUGGAUCUUUGAUUAGAUCGAAGAAAAUAAAAUAGACAAGAAUAAGAGAAGGCUCAAGAAUAUACUUAUGCCCAAUAUACAUUAGAGAUAAAUAGAUUUAGAAGAAUGCUCCAAGACAACUUUGCCUAAAGGAAAACAGAAAUUGGAAUUGCUACUAAAUAAACGAAUCUAUUAUUGCUAAGAUCUUAUUUAUACUUUAAAUAAUCUAAGGAGAAAAAGAACAAAGAGGAAGGAGAAAAACAAGAGAAAUUAGCAGCAAAACGAGCUGA